GUUUCAAACCACAUGGUUAGAGCUAACCAACCAGAGGCUGUAAUACAGAAUAUAUUGUUGUUGUUGUUAUUGAGAGGAAAGCAUCUGAGUGCAGGGAGCCUGAGCUUUAACCUGUGUGAGAGACGAUGAGCAGACUGUUAGCAUUGAGGCUGCCCAGGCGCUUUUCAGAGCCGGACUUUGUGUGUGUGAGGCGGGCGCUGCUGGAGAGAGGACUCGGCGGCAGCUGGAAGCAGAAAGACUGUUGUUUAUCUAAAAUCAAUGGCAUGGAUGUUCCCAAAGCAACAUUGGCUGACUAUGCAAAUAAGAAAUACGGAAACCAGCCACCUUCAUUAUUCUCAAAAAUUAUUGAUAAGUCACUUCCAGCUGACAUUAUAUAUGAAGAUGAUCAGUGCCUGUCUUUCAGAGAUGUAAAUCCUCAGGCUCCAGUUCAUUUCCUUGUGAUACCCAAAAUCCCUAUCCCACGAAUCAGUGAGGUAGCAGAUGAUGACAAAGAGCUGUUGGGGCAUCUACUGAUAGUGGCUAAAAACCUUGCAAAGAAAGAAGGGCUCGCAGACGGGUACAGAAUGGUGAUUAACGACGGGAAGAAUGGAGCGCAGUCUGUUUACCACCUACACAUCCACGUGAUUGGAGGACGUCAGAUGAGGUGGCCACCUGGUUAGAAGCAUAUGGGAUAGACUGUCUGUCUAUCAUUGAGUCCUGAAUUUGUGUUUCAUUCUAUUAAAACAUUUAUUUUGAAACACUUACUUGGAAAUAAAUAACCAAUUUUUCUACAAAUGCA